GCUCUAAAGGUUUUCUUGAACUUUCUGUUCGAAGUGACCUAAAAACCUUGAAGAUUUUGCACACAAGAAGGAGGCGACAGGAAGUCUUCGGUCAAAUGCAUCGUCGCACUUUUCACGACAUCUUCUUGCCGUCUUUUUACUCGCGGAACAUGCAGAAGACAAACAUGAUGAAGGCGACUCUUUUGUGGAUGAUGCUUCUUCAUGGAGGAUCGGACGCUAAGAUCACAUCUCUCAUGCAGUGGCCGGCGGAAUUAAGCCCGCUUCGUAAAGGCGACUCUUUUACCCUCCAUUGCCGGCUGCUCUUCGACCACGACAACCUCACGUGUCGAGAGGAUCGUCACGUCUACUGGCUGAGAUUUGGACCUCGCUCCGGCGUCAUCCAGGCUGAAGGAACGUCAAAAGAAGAUUGCGACGGGACGCAGAAUCCCAAACGAUGCUUGUAUGCGCUCUUCACGACUGUUAGCGAUGUCACUGAUUACGCCACCUACCACUGUGCGCUGGCCGCCUGUGGCAACAUUCUGUUUGGAAGUGGAACAAAAGUGGAUUUUCAAGGUGUGUUGACGCCAGAGUCUCUGAGGGAAGUCACGCAGCUGCAGCAGGACGGAAGCUCCGCUGAUGUCUCCGAAAGAGAGACCAGAUCCUACGCUUAUUUUCUCAUCUUGCCUUUAAGUCUGUUCAUCAUCGCCUUUCUGAUCAAGGUCGUGGUGCAAAAUAAGACAGGCUGUGUUUCACCGCAAAGCAAACGCCCGAUUCUUCAUCCAAAUUUCAAUAGAGACGGAGACGCUCGUCUUAACACCGUUGUGGUUUUUACAGCCACGGGAACCGGGACGAGGGAUGCAGUAGGCAGGUGUCGGCGUACCUGAUGUUGUGGCCGGGUGAAUCUCUGUAUUGUAUAUCGAUCGAUCAAGACUGUGCAUAAGAAAAAUGUGUCACAUGUCAGUGUUGUAUACGAUUAAAUGAAAAUACAUCUGA